AUGCCCCAGCUACAGGAGACGGAUUAUUUCCGCAAGCAGGAAGUCGGGGCCAAUCUACUCGACCUGGACAGCGACGACGAGCGUAUCCUCGAUGGAAAUUAUAUAUUGAUCGGUGACGGUCAGAGCGCCGAUACGACGCCUAAGAAAACGCCUUACCCCGACGCCAAUAGUCACAGUAAUUAUAAUAUUCUCGGCGACGGUACCAGGAGCUUCGAUUCCUUGUCGAGAAACGUUAACGUACCGUACUCUAUAGCAAAUAGCCAUAGAAAUACUUUUCAAGAUUCAAACAGUCACAGCAACUACGACGUCUUCUCCGAUACUUCCGAAAGAAACUGCAAAACUUCCUACGAAAACGACUCCUCGCAUUCCUUAGCCAAUAGUCAUGGGAUCUAUAGAAUUUUGUCCGAGAGCAGCGACAGGACUGGGGAAAUGAAGAAUAAUUCGCAAGAGAACUUGAUACCGUCUGGAGAGAUGAAUUAUGAAAUAGCUAAUAGCCACAGUAACUAUCAGAUAUUCUAUAAUAGUCAGACCCAGUACGAAGUUGGUGACGAUGGCAGAGGAAACUUCACGAGAAAGUCUUUGAUCGAGGCGGAAGAGUACGAACGUUUCCAAAGUUUGAUCAGAGCUCAGAUGAAGAGUACAGACGUGAUCAGCCCUACGAGAAGCGAGACCAGUCACAGUUCGCGUAGCACCGAAGAGACCAGUACCACGUGUGACAUUGAAGAGUGUCUUAUACAGAUCGAGGAGAGUCUUAUGAAUAUAGAGCAGAAUCUUCUGCACGUGCAGGAUUUGGAUAUACCUGAAUUGAAAAAUUUACUGUAUAAAAGUCCGAGUAUCGAGAAGAGUCUCUUCGAGGUCCAGGAUCUUUUGUGCACGGAGAAUAUUGAAUCUGCGAAGAGAGGCAAACUCUUCUCUUUGAAUAUCGAUGAUCGGACUGAAAAUCUUAUGUAUAUCAGGUCUAAGGAAGAUUCCCCAGACUCUGAUCGCGAAACUUUUACCAAUGAUGAAAAUCUACUUCAGUUCACGGAUGAUAAGUCGCUGAGCGAUCACGCUGAAAAUUCUGCUAAUGUUUCAAGCGUGAUGAACUCUAUUUUUUAUGCGAACGCAGACAAAAACGUUCAUUUCAUUCCGAAUAGCUUGAGCAAGACACCAGUCAAGAGCAGCUUCGAUAGAACUAAGGAAAACAUUAAAGCCUCUUCCUUUGACUAUAGCGAUUUUACAAAUGAUCCAAAUGCUGACACUAGCUUUGAUGAUAUUAAUUAUAAUCUGAACAAUGAGGUGGACGAGAAGGGACUAUCGGAUAGGAAAAAAUGUCACAGCAGAACGAAUUCGCUGGAUGAAAAUUCAAUUUUUCAAAAUUCUACCGAUUUCGGUGAUCCGCGUAAAACUUCACUUGAGAAUUUGUUCUCCGACAGCAAGGAAUAUUAUUUGGAAAUUAACUCCAAAGCCAAGUCAGAGGACGCACUGGAGCAAUACGACAAUGAAUCUUCGGUUGUCAAAAAAUCUAAAUCGUCAAGACACACCAGGAGACGAUCCAGGGAUUAUCGUUUGGCAGAAGUCGAAGCCAAGGCUGAGGAAUUUCGGAAAAAAAUUGAAAAUAUAAUAUCAAGUCGACGUUCCGCCAUUCCUAAUCUCGAGGGUACAAAGGUCUCUCUGAGAAAUUCAAAGGAGACACCGGAAAAUCGUUCAAACUCUUUGGAAAAGUCUCCAAAGAUUCGCAAGACUUCCGUAGACACGAUCAACGAAAAGGACAAGGAUUCGCCAACGAGCAAACCCUUCAAACCAAACAGUUACGAAAAACGCAAAAGGAAGAAACUCGCGAACAGAACGCAAUCCACGGAAAAUGCACUGGUACCAAGUAAAUUAAUCUCGUUAUCCUUAUCUCUGUUAUUGGCAGCUUUACUGCAAGCUGUCAGAUGCUUAACUGACUUGGUAGAGGAUGCCUUCAGAUCUGUGAGUUACGAUAGAAGUGGGUUGCUCGAAUGA